AUGGGCUCUGUGGCCACCCCCAGCUAUGCCUUGUCUCAGGCUCACAAGGAGAUGCUCGAGAAGUCACUGGUCGAGUCCGACCCGGAGAUUGCUGAGAUCAUGAAAAAAGAAAUCAAGCGUCAGCGCGAGUCCAUCAUCCUCAUUGCCUCCGAGAACGUCACCUCCCGCGCCGUCUUCGACGCCCUGGGCUCGCCCAUGUCCAACAAGUACUCCGAGGGAUACCCCGGCGCACGAUACUAUGGAGGAAACCAGCACAUCGACGCCGUCGAACUCACAUGUCAGGCGAGAGCGCUGGAGGCCUUCCAUCUUGACCCGGAGAAGUGGGGAGUCAAUGUGCAAUGUUUGAGCGGCAGUCCCGCCAAUCUGCAGGUCUACCAGGCUCUUAUGAGACCACAUGACAGAUUGAUGGGCUUGGAUCUGCCUCACGGAGGACAUUUGAGCCACGGCUACCAGACACCGCAGAAGAAGAUCUCCGCCGUGUCUACAUACUUCGAGACCUUCCCAUAUCGAGUCAACCUCGAGACCGGAAUCAUCGACUACGACCGCCUGGAGGAGAAUGCGCUGAUGUACCGGCCCAAGUGCCUCGUGGCCGGAACCUCUGCGUACUGCCGUUUGAUCGACUAUGCCCGUAUGCGCCAGAUCGCAGACAAGGUCGGAGCAUACCUGAUUGUCGACAUGGCCCACAUCUCCGGUCUGAUCGCCGCCGGAGUCAUUCCCUCGCCCUUCGAGUACGCCGACGUCGUCACCACCACCACCCACAAAUCCCUCCGUGGUCCGCGUGGAGCCAUGAUCUUCUUCCGCAAGGGUGUCCGCAGCACCGACCCGAAGACUGGCAAGCAGGUCUUGUACGAUCUCGAAGGCCCAAUUAACUUCUCCGUCUUCCCCGGUCACCAAGGCGGUCCUCACAACCACACCAUCACUGCAUUGGCCGUGGCAUUGAAGCAAGCAGCCACGCCCGAAUUCCGCGCAUACCAAGAGCAGGUGGUCAAGAACGCCAAAGCUCUGGAGGUGGAAUUCAAGAAGCUUGGAUACAAGCUGGUCGCCGAUGGCACCGACUCUCACAUGGUCCUUCUCGACCUGCGGCCCCAGAGUCUGGACGGCGCCCGUGUCGAGGCUGUCCUCGAACAAAUCAAUAUCGCCUGCAACAAGAACAGCAUCCCAGGUGACAAAUCGGCCUUGACCCCAUGCGGUAUCCGCAUCGGCACUCCAGCCAUGACGUCGCGCGGGUUCGGCGAAGACGACUUCAAGCGUGUCGCUUCGUAUAUUGACCAGAGCAUCAAGCUGUGCAAGAAGGUCCAGGGUGAGUUGCCCAAGGAGGCCAACAAGCUCAAAGACUUCAAGGCCGCCGUUGCCAGCGACACUGUGCCGGAGAUCCUGAAGCUCAGAGAGGAGAUUGCCGAAUGGGCCUCCAGCUUCCCCCUGCCUGUGUAA